GUUAAAAACCUCGACCAAUUGAGAACGGUAGAUAAAUAGGCCCGAGAGUAGAGGGGUGAAGCGCGUUUUAGUGGAGACAACAGCACUAGGUAUGCAGAUACGAAGCCGAGGCAAACUGGGAAGCCGUAGUUCACGAACCGUAGUAAUCGUGGUAACAUCAGACAGUCAACGACAUUUAGAACCAGGCUCCGGAAUUCAGGUAAACGGACAUGCGGCUGUUUCUGCUGAAAAUAUCUGUGUUGCUUCUGGCGACGGAUAUCAGCGCGGCAGGAAUCGGAAAAGCAUGGCAAGUUCUUCCGUACGUGGCCCAUUGGAAUCACCCGUCAUGGCCGCGUCUCGAUUCAUCGGCAUUCGAGGUUCGCACCGUGAGCGGUGUGGGUUAUCUAAAUCCGUUUGAAACAGCUCAAAGAAAUCCAAAUUCGGAACAAAAGUCCUUAGAUUUCGCUACUGCCCCUAUAUCUAAACCAUCUGUGUUCAGUCAGAAAUUUCUUGAUCAACUGGAACCGAUAUUUGAGAAUUCUUACAGUCAAUACGAGAAACGCGAAGACCAGAGAGAUCAAGGGUCCGAUGACGUAAAAACGGACAGCGCACAAAUCAAUGAUAAGAUUUUUAAAACAGGUAUUAUGAUGACUGUUCUACAGCCGGAGAGUGUCGAAGAUUCAAUAAAGGAUGAAACGAAGUCGCCUAUAACGAGAGUUCGUCGUGACGCAGAGAACGAGACCAAGUUAGAGCAAAUAUCUACUACAAAAAACGUUCGGGAGGUUCGUUUGAGUUCUCCGGACAACUGGUCCACUCAACCGUUGUCUGUAGAGUUUCCUCACAGAUCUAACUUGGAUCAGAUGAUUCAACAAACGACAGACGACGAGGACGCGCCGAGUGUGAGAAGCUAUCAAGCACCUCGGGCCGAUUUCGUGACCAGCCACCACAGAAGGAGCUACGAUCAUCGUGAGGCCCGGGACAUGCCCAUUGGUAGAGGUUACGACGACUACGACUUCCCGUGGUACCGGAACUCUAUCAGAGACCGAGAUUACGAUCCCUUAGCCUAUCGUCGUGGCUAUAGUUAUUACUAUCCUGAUCGGUACAGGAUGGAGAGGGAAUACUAUAUGCGUAUACCCAAUGAUUACCCCUACUCUUACUAUGAUCGAUACAGAGACGAGGAUUUUGACCUCUAUAGUCGCAGUAGGCCCACGCCUAAGCCUAAGAGAAUUAUUUAUUACGCUACUCUCCCGGAAAUAGUCAGGAAACCUGUGGACAUGAGGAAUUACCCUAGACCUUAUCAGGUGGAUGGGACAAGGACUCCCACUUCAAGGGAUGGUACGUAUAAACGCAUUCCGGGGAACGUGGAUCCUAGCAGAUACCGAUAUAGACAUCUUUACGAUGGUUACGACAAUUACUCGAAGAGAUCAAGUUUUGUGGAUAAACCUUAUUCUUAUCCUGAUGAGGAGAGCCGCCGAAAAGUGGCGUUGGAAAAUCUUCGGGACAACGAUCCGUUUGAUCAGAAGACUGACAGAAAGUUGGCCAAUCAGGUAUCGGCGAGGAACGAGGGCAAAUUGCCCUGGCCGGUGCAAAUCGGAACGGAAGUGAGCGUAAAGGAUGACGAAAGGAUUUCCGGAAGAAAAAUUUUUGGUGAGAGUAAUGGCUAUGAAAGAUUCCAGAAUGCUCAGUUGCAAAAAGCACCCGAUGCUACUGGUUCCAGUGAGUUGCAGAGCGAUAACUGAAUAAGGAAUGAUUUUUUUCUAUAGAAUUUCGUAGAGAAUUUUGAAUACCGUUCGCUUUUACAUUGAUGCAUUAUGGUGGAUGUUUCUGCAUCGAAAGUGUAGUAAUAUCCAGUUAGAGAAUAAAACAAUUUUCAAUUCUGAUUUAAUCGAAAUCUAAUCAGUUACGUUUGGAAAAGUAUAAUAUAUGCAUAAACAUCCACAAUCUAAUUAUGGUCUCUUUUCACUAAAUAAAGGGGAUUCGAUAAAUAGGAUUAUGGGUAUUAUUGACGUUGAAUUAAAUAUGCAAUGGAAUUGGUGUGCAAUGAUAAUUGAAUUAUAAAUUAAAAACACUGCUAUGAUGAAAUAUAUUGUGAUCUACGCAGUGCCCGUUUUUUACUUAUUUAUCAUUAUUAUUUAUGAAUCACCACUUGUGCUUUAAUGUUUAGCACUGAAUUGUAAUUUUUUAAUACAGGACUUAUGGGAAUUUAAUUUUCCAUUAAUUUCGUUAUGAUUGGAAUAAAGUAGUGAAUUUUAUCUACUUCUAAAUUAUACGUAUGCCUUAUAUAUAUUGUAAGCGAUAUGGUACAUCGUCUUUAAUAAUAUACAGAAACAUGAU